CCUAGAAUUAUAGUUGAAGAAAGUUUCCAAAAUGACAAUAAUAUUAAGCCCUAUUGAUGAAUUUCAGAUUUUGGAAGAGAAAGGAAUACAGAUUUUUUCCUUCUUACUUAUAUAACAGUCCUGUAUUAAUGCUAAUGUCUUAUGUAUUUCUUUAAGGAAUAUAAAGUUGACAGAACUUUCUCCUAGGUCACGAAUAUAUGCUUUGUCCCUUGAUGCAUAGAAAAAGCAAUGUUUCCAUGCUCUGCGUGUUCAAAAGUUUUCACCCAGCAAAAAAAUCUUUUCCAACACAUGAGAAGACUGCACGACCUUUCCCCUCAUGUACCUGGAAAAAUAAGUUGUUCUUUUGACUGUGGAGAAACAUUUCGAUAUCAGAAACAGCUGCGUGAUCAUCUGCAAUCAUUUCAUGAACUAAAACUUGAAAAAGAGAUUCAAGAUUUUCCUGAUAAUGACACUUUUGAGACAUGGAAAAAGAAAAUGGAAAUAUCAUCUGGUUAUGCAUAUAUCCGCAGGAUCUCAGAAAAGAAGUUACAAAAAGGCGAAGCUAAAACUCAUUUCAUUUGUCAUCGAUCAGGUAUACACAAAUCUGAAUCCAAAGGUGUUAGGAAACAGAAAGAAAUGGGAUCCAACAAGAUAGGAAGCACUUGCCCUUCUACCAUGGAAGUAUCAAGAUCACUCUCUGAUGGGAAAGUACAUGUUAUAUUUUGGAAAACUCAUAUUGGGCAUGAUGCUGAGAUUGAGAGGACUCCUGUUCUCAAAAAGUUUCGUCCAAGAAAUUCAGAUUCCAUUACAUACCCUGUGUGUGUUGUUAUACCUGCUGCUGGUACUGGAGAACGAAUGGGCUUGAGUACCCCUAAGCAAUAUAUUCCUCUACAUGGGAAACCUCUUAUAUGUUACACUGUUGAAGCAUUUAUCAGGAUUUCUUUUGUUAAGAAAGUUGUAGUUGUCGCAUCAUCUGAAUACUUAGAUGCAAUGCUGCAAAUUUUAAGUCAGAUGUGUGCUUUAAAAGAAGAAAAACUGAUGGUUACAGAAGGAGCUGAGUCUCGCCAUCAGUCAAUUGAUUCUGGAUUAAAAGCCUUGCAAAAUUGUUGUGAUGUUCUGCCUGAAAUUGUUGUAAUUCAUGAUGGUGUCAGGCCAUUCUUUUCAGAAGAUAUCAUAUGUGAUGUGGUUUUAGCUGCAAAAAAGCAUGGUGCAGCUGGUGUGAUGUGCCCUUUGGUUUCAACUGUGAUAGCUGCUGAUGAAGAAGGCUUUUUAGAAUGUUCAUUAGAUAGGAAUAAAUUUAAAGCUAGUGAAAUGCCACAGGCAUUUCAGUUUGACAUUUUAACUAAAGCAUACUCAGAAUGUUCAGACUAUGAUAUGGAACAUGGAACUGAAUGUUUGCAUUUGGUACAGAUGUAUGCAGAUACCAGAGCCAAACUGUUGCCCGGCACAUCUAAUUUGUGGAAGGUUACUCAUCAGAAAGAUAUUCAUGCUGCUAGAGCUGUUGUGAAAGAAAACCAAGCUGUUGGGAUCACUAAUGACUGCCCCAAGUCUGAGUUCUUACCUGUAUUAAUAGCAUCUCUUAGUAAGAAUUUUCAGAAUGUUAAUGUAUUUGGAAAAUUCAGUGAAUCAUCUUUGGACAAGUUUUCAAAUUCUGUGCAAAUAUUUACUAAGAAGACCAUUUUUGAUGUUGUUGCACAAUUAAAUCAUGCUUAUAAAGGACAUAAAUCAACUCGGUUAUCAAGCAUUGUUCAUAUAUUCUUCAAUGGUUUUGAUUCAAGACUUAAUUUCAUUGAAACUCAAAAAGAUACCCGGAUCAUUGCCAAAUUUCUUAAGACAUUGAAUAUACAUGUGUAUUUUAUUGUAUUAGAACAACUAGUACCAGAAUCUUUUGAAGAAGUAGCAGACUUGGCCACUUCGCUGCUUUUUGAGAGCAAUUCUAAUAUGAGUGGAAAUAUCUUUCUAUUAUAGAAAAUGGCAUUUUAAGAGUAAUUCCGUAACAAAUGAAAAAAAAGUGCAUAAAAUAAAAACAUUAAUACACAGCUUUAAUAAUUCAAUUUUGUACUUUACUUACAUUAAUUUUAUUAUUUAAAUUUCAGGAUUACUGUAGAGCUCCUCCUUAGUAUGCUCGGAAAUCAGACAUAAAGCAAGUGCUACGAGCAUCAUGUUUGUGUUUAGUUAAAGAUGUAUAUUUCGUUAUCUUAUUUUCAUUCAUUUCCGAAUUUUUUUGCAUUAAUUUAUUUGAAAUUCUCUUAUUCGAUGUGGAAGAACUUGAAAACCUAUUCUAUUUUUGUAUUGAGAUCAUACCUAUCAAUUAGGUACUUUACAGAUUAUUCACAGUAUUCAUUUAUCUGUGGUUGCCAUGCUACUGAAUCCUGUAAAUAAUUAGGAGUUUACUGUACAUAUAAAUUGCACACAUCUAAAGAAAUUGACUAGUUGUAGCUACAUGCUGAAGUUGUCUACUUUUUUAUAUUUUUAAGAGAAUGAGUUAUUGACAGAUGUUCGAUUGUAUAUAUGUUUACUUUUAAUAAAUAAUGUUAACU